GUUAAGAAAUGGAGCACGAGUAAGCUACCUGAAAAUAUUUAAAGCUGCCUUAUAAACAAUUUAAAAAUAAAUAUGUUUGACUUUGAACAGGGGAAAUGAAUUGGGAAAUGUCAAAAAAGUAUAACCUAACUUAUGAGAGUUAGAAAUGUUAUUGUUUGUUUUAUUGUUAUAACUUCAGUUUAUACCUCAAGGGUUCUGAACACUGCAAAUAGAAAUUAUUCAUUAUAAGAAGAUCGCCUAAAACUAAACCAUGCGGAAGUAGAAGUAACUCUGGUGUUCCGACUGGAUUAUUAUCAGCGGGGUGGUCCAUAAACUUAUAAUGUGUCACCAGCAUCCUGUGACCGGAUUGUUUCCUGCAAGCAAAGAAAAUGAGCAUGCCUGGAUACGAGAUAAUGUGUAUUGUAUUCUGGCUGUCUGGGGUCUGUCAAUGGCUUACAAGAAAAUUGCUGAUAUGGACGAAGAUAGAGCCAAGACGUAUGAAUUAGAACAGUGUUGUGUGAAGUUGAUGCGAGGGUUACUGAUGGCGAUGAUGCAGCAGAAAAGCAAAGUGGAAAAGUUCAAGAUCACCCAGAACCCAUUGGAUGCUAUACACGCCAAGUACAGUUCAUCCACAGGACAGACGGUGGUGGGGGAUAACGAGUGGGGACAUUUGCAGGUAGACGCCAUCUCCCUUUACCUGCUCGUCCUGGCACAGAUGACUGCCUCAGGACUACAAAUUGUAUUCAGCCUUGAUGAAGUAGCUCUCAUCCAAAACUUGGUGUUCUACAUAGAAUCUGCAUAUUGUGUCCCAGAUUAUGGGAUAUGGGAAAGAGGAGACAAGGCAAACCACGGAAUGCCCGAGCUCAAUGCCAGUUCUAUCGGGAUGGCCAAAGCUGCUUUGGAGGCCAUGAACGAGUUAGACCUGUUUGGAGCUCGGGGUGGCCCCUCCUCCAUCAUCCAUGUUUUGGCAGAUGAGGCUCAGAAGUGUCAGGCUGUUUUGCAGUCAAUGCUGCCUAGAGAGUCCAGUUCGAAGGAGCUCGACAGUGGGUUGUUGUCUGUCAUCAGUUUUCCAGCGUUUGCUGUGGACGACCCUGCUCUUAUACACCACACAAGAAAUGCAAUAAUCUCCAAGCUUCAGGGUAAAUACGGUUGCAAACGUUUCCUACGAGAUGGCUACAAAACACCACGUGAAGAUCCUAACCGACUCUAUUACGAUCCUUGGGAGCUCAGAAUGUUUGAAAAGAUUGAGUGUGAAUGGCCUCUCUUCUUUUGCUACCUUAAACUUGAUUACUGUUUUCAAAACAAUAAGGAAUUAGUUGCAGAGUACGAUCUCGCUUUGGAAGAGGUGAUGCUAAAGGCAGAUGAUGGAACCAGGCUGGUACCAGAACUCUAUUGUGUUCCGCUAGACCGAGUAGACGCUGAGUACCAGGAGCCAGGCAGCCAGCAGCGCCAGGCCAUCGGACGCUGUCCUUUCCUCUGGGCCCAGUCCCUCUACAUCCUGGGCAAGCUGCUGCAGGACGGAUUUCUGGCUGUAGGAGAGCUGGAUCCGCUGAACCGCAGACUCUGCUCGGAGAAGAAGCCCGAUGUGGUGGUACAAGUAGUUAUACUGGCAGAAGACAACGAUAUCAGAGACAAGCUUUUGCAACAUGACAUCCAUGUGCAGACCAUAAGUGAAGUGGCACCUAUAGAGGUCCAGCCAGCAAGAGUACUCAGUCAUCUCUACACUUACCUGGGUCGUAAUCAAAAGCUGGGUCUGACUGGACGUAAAUCCCGGGAUGUGGGAAUCUUGAGCACCAGCAAACUGUAUUCGUUGCAAGAUCGUAUCUUCGCUUUUACCCCUCAGCUGACAGAUAAGACCCGCUACUACAUAGCUUCCGAUAAUGAACUGCUGAUCGAUAUGUUCAAGAGUGAAAUAAACUUUCUAAAGUCCAGCUGGCAGAAUAUGCUGGGACGCCCUCUGGUUAUAAUGACUAUUAACAACACGUACCUAGAUCAAGGAAAGAUUCCUUUGGCCAUGGUAACAACAAUGAAAAAGUUGAAAUCAGGUUACAUCAAUGGUACUCGGGUGACCCUUGGAAAUUUAAAUGAUUUUCUAAGUACAUCCUGCAUAACGAACCUAAGUUUUCUGGGAAGUCAAGAGGAUGGAAUGCCUGACAGACUGAAUCCUCAAGUGGAACAGUAUCUGGAGGAGCACAUGAUGAAGUGUCUCACACAAAAGUCCACUCUGCUCAAGCGUCCUGUCUCCCGUAACAGAACCUUGAGGCGGCGGAUGUCCGUCAAGGGAGCCAUCAAGAAAACUAGAUCCAUCAUAAACAUUGAGCCGGACCACAUUGGGUUUGAGCAAGCUGUACCUGUGACGCCCACUGCAGAGACUUCUGCCGUCAGUUCUCCUGUCAACUCUCCGUGGAAGGCUGUACCUCGUAGCCCUUCACCUGAGGACAUCACUCCGCUGUGGAAAAUCAACCAAACUCCUCGAUUGAGAUAUCGACUGAGAAAAAGGAUGACCUCAGAGACCCAGUACGCUGACACUGAGGUGGAGGAGCUCUUGACGAUGUUGAGGGAGUCGGAACAUUUGGAAGAACAAGGUGACAUUCUGCAGUACUUAGUCGACACUCAAGGGCUCAACUAUGAUACAGGGAUGAUGGAGGAAGGCAAGGCAGUGACAGUAAAGGACCUGUUAAAGGUAUUGUACGAAAAGGCCUGCCAGCAGAAGUUGUGGGGUUUGGUGCGGCACACAGCUGGGAUGCUAGGCAAGAGAGUGGAAGACUUGGCCAAGGCCGUCACUGAUCUUCUGGUUCGCCAAAAACAAGUAACUGUUGGCAUGCCUCCAUCCAACGAGCACACAAUUACAGCUCCCCUGCCUGAAAAUGAACUACGUCAGCUGAUUCAUCAGGCGUAUGGAGAUGAUGAAAGUACUGCUAUGUUAACUCAGGAGCUGCUGGUCUACUUGGCUAUGUUGUUCAUCCGCACAGAGCCGCAGCUGUUUUUUGAAAUGUUACGUCUCAGGGUUGGCCUCAUCAUUCAGGUGAUGGCCACUGAACUAUCCCGUACUCUGAUCUGCUCUGGAGAAGAAGCCUCUGAACACCUGCUGAAUCUGUCACCGUUUGAGAUGAAAAACUUGUUACACCACAUCAUGAGUGGGAAGGAGUUUGCGAUCAGCAGUGUGGCUGGUGGUAACUUCUCAGUGAUCAGUUGCAAAACUGGUAAAGUUAGCAAGAAAAGCCAGAUCGGUAUGCUCGGCCUGGAUGCGAUGGACGGCAACGACGAGGUGGAGGGUGACAGACAGGGGCAAUGGUUGCGCAGACGACGGCUAGAUGGAGCUCUCAACAGAGUGCCUCGAGAUUUCUAUCCUCGUGUCUGGAGUGUCUUGGAGAAGUGUCAAGGAUUGGCAAUCGAGGGCAGACUUCUGCCACAAAACCUCACUCAGGAAAUGACAUCAGGAGAGCUGAAGUUUGCGCUGGCUGUCGAGACUGUACUGAACACGAUCCCACAGCCUGAGUAUAGACAGCUGGUGGUGGAGGCACUUAUGGUGCUCACCUUAGUCACAGAACACAAUGUUGCCAGUCACCUUGGUGGCGUCAUCGCUGUGGAGAACUUGGUACACAAGGCCAACCAGAUCUUCCUCCAAGAUCAGAUGAAAAUAAACGGUGAUGCCACACUGUGUUGUGCCAAACCGAAGGAGGCACGUGAGACAACUUCGUCUGGCGGAUUGCUGUGCGGUGGCGCCGCAUACAUCUGCCAACACUUCUACGACAGUGCGCCGAGUGGUAGCUUUGGCACCAUGACUUACAUCAUGCGAGCCACAGCCACCCUUCUGGACUGUCUACCUAAAGAGGGAGACAUCGAUUGCAACGUACAAUGAUGCGUUGUCACGUUCAAAGGAAUUCUAGUCGUACUUUAUCACUUGUUUGUUCUACAAUUUACAAUGCAAUGUUUGUUGUCAGUAGUAAAGAGAACAAGUGCCACACGCACUGUCUUGAUUAAAUUGAAUAAGUGCCAUAAAAGACAACUACUUUAUUUUGAUAUAAGAUGUUUAAAAUAGAUUAGUAUUUUUAAUGGCUGAAAAUUUUUCCUGUUUUUUAAAGUUUGAAGGAUAGUGAUUGGUAUAAUUCAGUAUAGUUUAUAUCUGCUGUUGUUAAAUUUUCACCUACCACAAAAUUUAUAGUUAAUUAAUACUUCAAUUCUAAUAACUUGUUAUUAAAUGUGUAAAUAUAAGAUCACUUUUCAAUAGUAGUACAUUUUAUAAAUUACCACAUAUUCUAUGUGAGUUCUUAAGGUGUUACUUAGAAAAUAAUUAGAUAAAUUAAAAUUUUGGUUCCUAACGAACAAUGUAAUUAUUUUUUUACAAUUGUUGAUUGAAAAUAUUUAACGUGUCAACAGUUUUAGUUUUAAAAAGGAAUUGCAGUUUAUGAUAAAUUACUUAUAAGCAACAGUAAACUUGAAUACCUAACAAGUUUAAAGGACAGAGACAUAAAUGAUCAGUAGUUAUUGGUUUUAGAUAUGAAGAGAAUGAAGUGUUUUGGCUGCUCGCACUUCAGAGUAUUGAGACGUGAGAUUGUGACACUUCAUUGCACAGAGUGGAAUCCCUCAUUGCUGUCGGCUGAGUAGGUGCAGUGUGCCGUCCCGUGGGAACCAUCUUCGGUGCCAUCCUUCGGUCCCACUUGUCCCUCUCGCUCCACUGCUGUUAUCCUGGGUGUCC